AUGGCAUCCUCAAUAUUUAAUUUAUCCGAGAUUAUAACUCAAAUAAUCCAAUUUCUCGAAAUCGAUAGCUUGUAUGCAUGCUUGAUGGUGAAUCGAACCUGGUAUAGCAUCGUCGUUCCUAUUUUAUGGCGAUAUCCGUUUGUGACUCGAUGGAGUGAUGCGCACUGCAAAAUCGUUCCCGUGUAUAUUAGUUGUCUAGAAAGUGACAGGAAAACUCGGAUAAAAGAAUUGUGUCAAACUUUUCCAGAUUUAGUGUUGACCAAUCCAACCCUUGAUUAUGUUAAAUAUCUCAGAAGCUUCAAUUUCCGGGUUCUACAUCGUGUGGUCAAGGAUUGGUGUAAUGACCAAGAGAUUGAUGAUUUCGUGCAUCCUCAGGACCCCGAAUCAAUUAGCAACGCUGCUACCACCAUUUUGGAGUUUCUCAUAGGUCACAUCAUGGGGCAUUCAAAUUUGAAAAAACUUGAAAUCUCGGUAGUAUCACGCUAUAAGGGAGAUUACAUUAACCUUGAAUUUCACAAAAAGGUUUCACGUUCGUGUUUGGCCAAAAUAGUAGCAUUGGAGUGUGAUGACUAUAUUGAGAGAAAUUUAAUUUUUGCUUCUAAGGUUUGCACAAAUUUAGUUUAUCUAAAGAUCGAAUGCUCUUGGGAAAAUGAUGAGAUAGUCUCCGCGUUUAUUAGAGCCCAGAAGAAUUUAAAACAUUUGGUCGUAAGCAAGAAAUGGCCAAAAAUGAAUGAGUUAUUAGAAGGUGAAAAUCUGUGUAAUUCCUUGAAAACUGUGGAAUUAAAAAACAACCAGAUAGAUAAUAAUGGUCCACUAUGUGUGCUGUCGGCAUUAAAGAAUUUGGAGGUAUUGCAAUUUAAAAGUUGGUUGACCUAUCGCGAAGAGGACAUCAUGGAAUUAGCGUCAACUCCUUUCCACCGACUUCAAAAAUUAGUACUUGUUGAAUCUAGAUUUCCUCCUCUAGUAAUAAUUAGGAUGAUCACAGUGAAUGGUAUUCACUUGCAAGAACUAACGCUCCAUUGGGAACGUAGGUAUCCCUCAUCGCAUAUUAUAAAAACAGUUACUGAGAACUGUCCAAACAUUCGUCGUUUCGAUGCACCAGUACAAUACGUGGAACUACCCGAAUUAUAUCAACUUUUACGUUCUUGCAAGAAACUCGAAAGUUUAAUAAUCAAUGACUCGGAAGAUGAAGACGUGGUUGAUGUUGAUCAUUUCCUGCCUGUGAUGGGCAUCAUUAUUCCACGUAACCUUUAUCAAUUGAGCAUUUUCACUCCCUGGAGAUUUUCGGUCAACGCGUUACAGAUGUUCUUGAUGGAAACCUGUCAAGCUCAGUUGACGUGCAUGGGAUUUUACAAGUGUAUUGACGAUGAACACUUGGAAGUGAUCGCCGAAUAUGCUUCCAAGAAAAAAACCUUAUGUGUCCUGGAGUUACGAUGGUGUGAGACUACACAACCAGCGAGAAAGAAAGCAAGAGCAUACAUCAAAAAUGUUUUAGUUUAUAAUCAAGUAGGGCGUUUAGUAGAAUGUCAGUAA